CGCCAGCCGCCGCCCGACCACGUCUGCCCCCGCUCCGGGGCCGCCGGGACGGUGCCAAAAACCACCCGGGCGAGGGUGAAACAGCGCCCGAGCGACGAGCGAUCGAGCGGCCGGGCCAGGGGUGAACCCGCUACCGGGCGCGCCCCCCGCCCGCCUUCCCUCCUCCCUCCCUUCCUCCCUCCCUCCCCUCUUCCUUCCCCUCCCUCCCCGUCCCUUCCUCUCUCCGCCUGGUGCCGCCACCGCCGAGGAGGAGGAACAUGGCGAAAGCGGAGCAGGUCCUCAGCCUCGAACCGCAGCACGAGCUCAAAUUCAAAGGUCCUUUCACAGAUGUGGUCACUACAAACCUGAAGCUCGGCAACCCCACGGACAGAAAUGUGUGCUUCAAAGUUAAGACCACAGCACCACGCAGAUACUGUGUAAGGCCCAACAGUGGAAUUAUCGAUGCAGGGACAUCAAUUAAUGUUUCUGUGAUGCUACAGCCUUUUGACUAUGACCCUAAUGAGAAAAGUAAACACAAGUUUAUGGUUCAGUCUAUGUUUGCUCCAGCUGAUACUUCAGAUAUGGAAGCAGUAUGGAAAGAAGCAAAACCAGAAGAACUCAUGGAUUCGAAACUUAGGUGUGUGUUUGAGCUACCAGCAGAAAAUGAUAAGCCUCAUGACGUAGAAAUAAAUAAAAUUGUAUCCACAACUGCAACAAAGACAGAUUCCUCUGUAAUGUCUAAAUCAAUAAGUUCUUCUUUGGAUGACACUGAAGUUAAGAAAGUAAUGGAAGACUAUAAGAGGCUUCAAGUAGAAGUUCAGAGGUUACGGGAGGAGAAUAAACAGUUUAAGGAAGAAGAUGGACUGCGGAUGAGGAAGGUACCCCAGACAAACAGCCCAAUAUCUCCUUCUGCAGCUGCUGUCAAGGACGAAGGGCUCAGCUCCAGACUACUUGCUUUGGUGGUUUUGUUCUUUGUCUUUGGUGUAAUUAUAGGAAAAAUAGCCUUGUAGAGGCAGCAUGCUGGAAAUUGUAAAUUGGUUUGAUGGUUCUGCCAUAUCAUUGGAUUAAAUUUAUUCAUAACGAUGUUAAAAAAAAAAAAAUUAAUGUAUGACAUCUCACAGGUCUUGCCUUUAAAUUACCCCUGCACAAAUACUAUGUAACAUAAUCUUCUAGAAAGUUCAAAAUGUACAGUGAGGGAAUGAAUGAAAGAGAAUAUGCUUCAGUGAUGAAGGGGGGGAGAAAAUCCUGAUUUAACACUACAAUGAAAUAUUGUAUAUGUCAUUUUAAACAUUCUUAGACCCUGGUACAUGUUGCUGGAUUACCUCUUUUUAAAAAAAAAAAAGAAAAAAAAAAGGAAAACUAGAAAAAAACCUCUUCCUCCACUGCUGGAGCUGGCCCUAGGGAUGUUUGGAGCUGGGUUAGGCAGGAGGUGUUGAUAACUUCUGUAAAAUACGUUAAUCCACCAUUCUGGUCAUGAAUUUAACAGUUUCUGUCAGUGUCUUCAACUCUGUGCAAGUUACCAACUUCUUGGCACUUCAAUGAGUAGUGAGAAGCUGCAAAGAUUUGUCUGUGGCAACACUGAGGGAGCUGGGCAGCACCGAGGGGCUCGUUCAGAAUAAAGGUCAAUGCCUUGUUCUCACCAAGGGACCAAGCUACAUUGCUGUUGGUUCAUUUAGUUGAAUUAAAAUGUUAUUCAGAGAUGUUUAAUGCAUAUUUGACUUAUUUAAUGUAUUUCAUCUCAUGUUUCCUUACUGUCACGAAAUUAACUAACACUUUGUGGUAUGAAGAGGCGCCUGUUCAAAGCCAGUGACGAGAACUAAAAAUUUGCUGCUGUAGUGGUGCGAGAUUCUUCUGCCUCCUGAUGUUUUGGGCACUACACAAUUGUUGGGGAGUUUUGAUCAUCUGAGCAUUGGGGAAACAGUGGUCAGGAAACUGUUUUUGUAUGUAAAUAAGUCUAUCUAGGGGAGAAACAAAAAUAUUAGUAGUAAAAUUAGUCCUAUGCCGUAAAAAGACCAAUCUUGUUUGACUAUGUAGCAUCUUAAAAAAAAAAAAGAAAAAAAAAAAAAAAGGAAAAGAAAAAUUAAAUAAAGCCCCCAAAUUAAUGUUUCCUUUGUUACUUUUGUCCUGUUCUCACAGUUUUAGAGGUGGGGAGGAAACAGUGUUUUCCUGUCAGCUUUGUUCAUGGCAUAAGGAAGCUUGCAGUCUUAUUUCAGGGUGAAUUUCUCUUUUUUUCCAGACUAAUUUUAAAAUCAAACCACCCCAUCGUGAGCCUGCCACACAAAAGCUGUUCAGAGCAACCAUGCUGAGGUACAAGGUAACAUCCCACUUUCCAGGUUAGUUGGGUUCAGGAGUUCAGACACUUGACAGCACCUUUAGAGCAAGGUGAUUCUGUUUCUAAGCUUCCUUUUACCACAAGGUGCAUAAACAAACUCAAGUGUGUCUUAACGUGAUGGAUUCAGCAGAUGAGACACUUUCUGAGCAGGUAAAUUCACAUCUAUUCUUGAGUGAUAGACCCAGAAACAUUCAGUGACAAAUACUUUUGAAGCAUAUUACAAGAUGAAGCUGCAUCUUUUCAAAAUGACUUGUGUCAUUCCUUCCCUAGUCCUGGGAUUCUGUGAGAAAGCUGUCGGGGCUGCAGCCUCAACCUCUGUGUUUGUCCUCCUCUGCAAGUGCAAAUAAGUGAAAUUUUAUGUGAGGUUUAAUAAGAAAAUAGGUGAAAACCCCCCCAUAACUGGUGUGUUCAGCUUAUGAACAUGAGUCUGGAAGUAUUUCUAGGAGAUUCAAUAGAAAGGAGAGAGGUGUAUUUUUAGCAUUUGAAUAUGCCGGUGCCUUUUCUGCUCAGAGGGAAGGGACAGAGCCACUGCAGCCUGGCUGCAAAGGGCAGGGCAGGUGGGAGAUGAGCUGAAAGGACAAAGCAGGGAGGUUUUGGGACAAAUUGGGCAGAAUUAUCUAGAAGAAGAUACUGCCUGGGCAGUAGAAGCUGAAGAAAACUUUCUAAUGAAGCAUUCUUUUCCGAAAGACAAGGUUGUGAGUGAUACUGCAAAAUUAAUUUUCAUGGCUUUGAAGACUAUAUUUGAGAAAACCUUUGCUGAAGGGAGGCUGAGAUAUAAAGUAGGGUUUGGUUUGGUUUGUUUUGAACUGGCUGUAAAUAUCUUGUUCUCUUAUCAGAAUUUCUGAUUCGCUUUGGGAAAAAAAAAAUUUUUUUGAGAGUCCUUUGUUCUGCUUAAAAACAGCCUAAAAGAGGUAGGUUUAAAAAAAAAUUGCUGUCUUUGCAGGAUAAAGGGGGAGGAGGAUUGAAGGUUUAAGCUGGUCUCCUGUGAGGAUAUCUGGAGUAAUGUUCCAGGCAGGUUUUAUACCCAGUGUAAGCUUCCACAGCUGCCUUUGCUGUCCUCUCCCAGUGCUCAGCAGUCACUUCUUGGUGAUCUGUGCCAGCCUGGAACUGUAAAUCGUUCAUGGGCAAAGUUGUUCCUGGUGUUUGCACUCCAGGGUCAUAAAGAGGUCCCACAAAACUCUCUCGUGCUUUUCCAGAGUCCCUUCAAACACUGAUCAAGGAGACCCAGAGAGGAUUUCGGUGUUGUUAACAUCUGUGGCCUGCAGCUGGGCUCACCCACACCAUCAGUUCUAAACAAGACUCUUAAAUUAACUGCUCCUAUUCUGGAAUUUAACAAAAUCCUGAGGUUUUCCCUCACCAUUUUUGACAAGAGCCUGAACACAGUAGCCCUGAAUUAUCUGGGUAAUGCUUUGCCUUGCUGAGCUUGAAAUAAAGUGAUCAGGGGAAUUCUCACUCCCUGUUUGACCAAACCCUUCUUUCAUAGGCAAUAGACAGAAAUCUUAAGGGUUUUUUUUCUUCCAAGGUUUCUAAAAGGCCAGUUUGUAGAUAGAAUGCAAAUAUAGAUUGGAUGGAUAUUCUUAAGCCACCUGGCUCUUUUUGUAAGUUGUUCCUUUCAUGGCAACACAAGAGCAAAUGUUCUCAUGAAGUAUUCACAGGAAGUGAAUUAUUCUGAAGGACAUUAUACAUCUUAGGAAGUCGUGCACAAAAUGUAGAGUUUCUAAAUAAGAUUAUUGUCUGGGGUCCUCACACAACAUCAGAUAUUAGAAACCUGUGAUUGAUUCAUGGUAGUAGAAAUCAAGUUAUUACUAAUCUAAUUAUUGUCCUUGCUGUUACUUUAAGAUGACCACUUGCACAUUUAUUGUUGAUUUUUGUAACACCCACUAGAGGAUGCUUGGUGCACUCUUGGGGCGAAUUUGGGGUAAACCUGAAAUGUCUUGAAGCCCAGUGCUGGGAAACGAAUGGAAAAUGGUUUCUUCUAUUUUCAUGUAGUUCUCCACAUCUUUAAAGCAAACACUCCGUGCAUGAAUGAUCAUAGCUAUUGCUGUGCAUUGGCAUUUGUCAGCUGGGAAUGCACAGCUGGAACAGCCAGGACCAGCUCAGGUUACUGGGGAGUAGCCUGGGGGCUGAGCAGCAGGAUCAUGUCAUGUUGUUAUGUUGAGGGGAUUGAUGUACCAUAAUGUCAUUUUCUAAAAAUACAGGAUUGUAAAGCUCGACGGUGGUGUUACUUUUUCCUCCUGAAAUGCUGUUAGUGGGAUAAAAGUUGGAACUUCACUUUGCGAUUCACUAAAAUUUCUUUUCAUCAAUAAACUAUGAAGGGUUUGUAUCUGCUGCACAUGUGAACUUGCAAUUCUUGUCAGCAAUUUUACAUCGUGGUGUGCACAAGGAAUGGAUCGUUUGUGUCUUGACAUACUCAAUGUUGCAUUGCCCACUGGAAGAAAACUGUCAUCCCUUCUCUUCAGAAAGUGGCGCUUCUGUCUCUUCAGUGGAAUGUCCUUAAUUUUCAGGCACGGUAGUGGCUUCACUGUAAUGCUCUUAAAUUUGAAACUUUAUUUCUCUUGCCCUGUGUGAUGUCCUGAAAUUCCACAUCCUCAGUCCUGUUUUCUAUAUAAAGUAAAAAAGGAAAAAAGCACCGCCAAAAAUCCCUUUUUUUGAAAUUAAAGCCCCUGUAAAAUAACACUCGGAAGCUCCUGUUUGUUGUGGCUGGGUCACAGCUGCACUGGUGCUGCACAGGGCCUGGAGAGCCACUGUGCCAUGGUUUGGGAAUGGGGGAGCAUCCAUGGUCCAAGGCCUCGAGCAAGUUGAGAAGUGACAGGUGGCGAGUGAAAUUCAGUUUAUGUUUUUGGGAUUUCAAGAAGAUCCGCUUCACAGAACAAGGUAAUUGUGUUUCCACUGCUCAAAUCUGCUUAGCUAUAAAAGUUGAUUGAUUAAUGGGUUGGGGUGGGUUUUUUUUGCUGGCUAAAUGAAGAUUAUUUUAAAAUAACACAAAUGAGAGCCAGGCAGGAAUCUUGCACGUGGCGCUCCAGUGAGCACGUGCCUGCACACUCGCUGAGUGCCUGUGUGCCUGUCUUUCACUGCCAUUUCCUGUGGCUUCAUUUCCUGGUCAAGAACUAAUUGCACAUUUGUACUUGGAGAGGAAAACUUUGAAGCCUUUGCUAAACUUCCACGCAGAUCUCUUUGCCUCCCAGUCCAGGCCUGAGUUUGUCCUGAAGUACAAAAGGGAUCUGUGAGCGCAGAAACGAGGCUGCUUUUCCUUGGAGUAAACUUGAACUUUGGAUCUUUCCUCCUGUGAUCUGUCAUUAGAAAAUGGCCUUUCCCAGAGAGCAAAACAAAAGAAGUUAAGAAAACAAAUGAAUUAAGAAGAAUUAAUUGAAGCUGUGUGUUACAAGUUGACAUUAUACAUCUGGCAUUUCUGUUUAUGUUUCUGCAUUGGUACAUUUCAUUCUGAUUUAAUAAGUUCCUAAUUUUGUGGGGUUUUUUUUCAAGGUUCUGAAGUGCCUAUGAAGAACAGCCUGUAGUAAAGUAUUGUUCCCAGUUUAGCUGUACCUCAUUUUUUUAAUCAAAUCUUUUUCUUUAGUGGAUAAACUCACAAGAUUAGAAAAGCCUCUUGAACUCCCUCAUGUUUAGUUUGGCAAAUGUCCCACGCACAAUUACCCACAGAGAGCUACUUUUAAAAGACCUUUAUUAAGGCUGUACAAAGUCAAGCACUCAGGAAAUGGCAGAACCAGGUUUGUGCACUGUGAGUUUGGGGAGUACCUUGCAGUGUGAUCAUUUCAGUGAUCAAAACCUGAGCUGACGCUGCUCAGAAAUUGCCCAAAACUGCCCAGCUUUGUGUGCCUGGACCUGGAGAACCCUAAUUUCUCUUCAGUUAUGUAUAAAUAGGUUUUUAAAGGUGAACUUCCAGUGUGGCACUGUGGUGUUGGGUGUAACCCCUGUGUGCGUCAGGGAGGGAAUCCUUUGUGUUCCGUGUGUGGAUCCCGAUUCUCGACCCGAGCUCCUGGCGAGGUGGGGAGGAACUCGGAGCUGAAGCAGCAAUUUCUGUUUCCACAUUUCACUGGGAGGCCACACACAAGUGUGACUGGAGCCAGGAAUCUCUGCCUCAGUGCUGAGCCCAAGGGAGCCUUUCUGUGGGGGCUGGAGACUCUGCUGCCCAAUCUCCCUCCUGCUCUGUUCUGCCUGAGCUGUCAAAUCUCGCUCCGUUCCCUCCCUCAGCGCUUCGGUCCAGGCCAAGUCAUCCUUGUUCCUUCACUGCUGCUUGGCAAGGAAAGCCAUGUUCAACAGAGCAUCUUUAAAUGGCUUUUCUUCCCUGCUGCCUGUUUUCCAGCUGGGUCUCUUUCUUCCCAUCACCCUCCCAGCCUUGCUCUUCCCUGCCUGCUUGGCCCAGGCGCUGCCCGGGGCCGGGCUCUCCCUUGGCACGGAGCUCUCGCUGCUCCUGGUGCCUUUCCCCUUCUACUCACCUCCUGCUUCCUCUUUGCUUUUCCUUCCUCUUCACUCUCUGUGGAGUUUGGAGCAACAAGUGUUGUCACCCAUCUCCUUUCUGUCUCCAGCUUCCUCCUGUUGUUCCAGUGCCGUGGAUUUAUUUAUAGCGUGGGACAGGCUUUUAUAUUUAUUCCACAUCUGUUUCUCAAACAAAGCGGUGGCACAGUGCUGUUAAUGCAUCCAAAAGCGCUUCUGUUUUUUGGGUUUUUUUUGUUUGUUUGUUUGUUUCAUUUUAUUUGGGAAAUCUAGAAUGCAUAAAUGCAGUCUAAGGUAUUUUAAACAGGGAGGCGUGAAGGUGGUUAAUUGGAAAAAUAAGUUACUGUUAAUUGAGCUGUGUGUCAGACCCGGGACUGUUUGGCAGACUUGGCUCACGCUUUAAACUUCUGCACCUGCUAAAGAAGCAGAAAAUUGGAAAGGCAGCUUGUCUGAGGAGAUCGUGGUAUUAAAGAAGGUACUGAAGGCUCAGUCUCAGUGCAGGAAGCCAGAAAAUUUUUUGAGACUUUGGAAAUUAAUUUAUUUUUGGUUUUUUGAGCAGUUAAAAGAAAAGAUUAAUCUUUUAAAAAAGUAUUGUAAGAGAAGUGAAUGUAGAAAAGUUUACUAAGACCCGUGUUCCUGUUACCAUCAACUUCCAGCACACACUGGCUUGGGUUUUCUUCACAGGGACAGUAAAAAGGUAUUUAUUUGUUUUGUAGUAGAAAGCAACCCAGCAGUCAGGAUUCAAGUUCCUGCUCUAUGUCCUAGACCUGUUUUUCUGAUGCAGUGUUAGACAUGAAAGAUUAAAUUAUUUGGGUUUGUCUUGUUUCUGCCAGAUAAAGAUAAAUGAAUGUCAGAACUGAGGUUGGGAUCCUGAUUGCAGCCAUGUGAGCUGCUAAUAAAUGUAAUUGGUGCUUCAAGAGGGCAUAGCUGAGCAAACUUCAUAUCAGAUCUGGGAGCGGGGAGGAAAUUAGAUGAAAAACUGAAGUAGAAUUGACAGUUUUCUAAGUGAAAGGUAUUAAAUGGCCAAAACCCCAAUAAUUUUGCAAUUGAGAAGAGGGGCAACUUUGGCUAACUGCCCAUCCUACUUCAGUGGUGAGAUGAGGGGAAAAAUUAGAUGGAAAGUAACAUAAAACAGAUAAGAAAAAGGGAAGCAGACAGCAAUCUGUUCAAAAUGGGAGUUAGAAAAUGUAGAAAAUAAGGAAAGCACAACCCAGAGGAAAAGAAAAAUGUGGGUUGGAGUGCUUGGAGAGGGAGAUGAGGAGCUGAAGUUCAGAGGAAAUCUGCAAUAGGAUAAGAACUGUUAAUAAAUAGAUGAAGGCGAUAAAACCUGGGGAUGAUGUAAAACUGGACAGACGAUGUCAUUCCUUAGCAAUGCUCAGGAUUAAAAAUUUAAGUUUUUAAUUCGGUUGGCCCAGAAACCUUGAUCAGUGUUUGCAAGGGAGGAGCCUGGGGCAGUGUCUGAGCCGCUGCUGGGGGUGGUCAGUGCGUCAGGACAGUGGGACACCCUGGAAAGGGAUGGAAAAGGAGAUGGAUGUUCCUGAGGAGCUUGGUGCACGUCCUUUCGUUCUGUCUUUUGGGUUUCAGUUCUCUUUGGGAUCAGAGUGAGCUGGGUCUGCUGUGUUCCCUGGCAAUCACACACUGCUGCAGCUCAAAGAGAACCACAAGGAAAUGGGGGUGCCCAGAGAAGGGUUCUGCAGGGACCUGGCAGAUUUCAGUGGUUCCAGAUCACUGAGGAACACAGAUACAAAAUCAUUACUGAUAAAACAUAACAAAAAUAUCCAAAGCCAGGAUCAGAAUGAGUAACAGCUCCAUGUACACUCCCAGUGCAGUCCCAGGGUAAAAGCCUAAUGAAUACGAAUGUGUUCUUGUUUUUAAUUACUGUUAGCUGUAAGUGAUUAUCCUUCUGGAUGUCUCAGCUGGGAGAGAUGGGAAUUUUGGAUGCAAUUUGGAUAUUUACAUUCUACAAGAGAAGCUGAGUAAUUGGAAUGGAUGCAAAAAAAAAGAUUCAGAAAUUACUGGUGGAGUGUGAAAAUGCCUUAGAGAGGGUGAGAGAAAACUCAGCUGAGUUUCUCUACCAGAAUUGAGACUGUCUUGAUUACAGUGCACUAGUAUCUUCACAGGCAGCAAAUACUGCACACUGCAGCUCUCUGAUCAUAAAAUGCAACACAAAAAUCACCGACUGGCAGUCAAAGCCAGGCAAAUUCAGAUUGGAAAAAGGCACAAAUUCUUAAGAGAGAAUAACUGUAAUUUAGGAAUGUGUCUUCAAAAACUGUGAACAGAACAAUAAAAGUUAUGAUAUUUAUGCAAA